AUGUUCGUCUUACCGCCUCCUCCGCCCCGCUAUACCAUCCCCGUCGCAUAUCAGGCGGGGGCGGCAAAUGGCAUGGCGGUCCCGGUCAUUGAGACCAACAAUACAAUCACCCAUCCGGAAGCUGGAUGCCCAUUACAGGUUGGAGAAGGAACCUAUACUCUCAAAGACGACCUUCUCCUAGCCACACCUCCCCCUCAUCCAUCCGAAGCACCAAUCGUGAAUCCCAAUCCGCUUGCGACUGUUCCAUCACCUCCCACCUCGGGAGUUAAGCUGUCUUUGGUCAGCCUCGAUCCUCGCAAGAAACCUCCCACGUUCUUGAAAACGGCUGUCGUUGCCCCGCAGUUCGGAGAUGGGAACCCAGCGCUUGCACCGCCAGCACCGCCAGCCAAGGAGAAAGAUGCAUUGAAGAGACGGAAACCGAAGAACAACAUCAUUAAGAGCAGUUCCUCAUUUGUGUCCAGAGUCAUUACCCACGAGACCUCUGCAAAGCGACUGAGUGACCGCGACCAGAAUGGUGUCUUUGCGUUUGCCAAUAUUAACCGAGCGUUCCAAUGGCUCGAUCUCAAUUCAGCGCAGAAGGAGGACCACCUUACUAAAGUUCUAUUCACCAAGGCCCACAUGCUGUGCCAUGAUAUCAAUGAAUUGACCAAGACUGUGUCUCAUCUGGACAUCGUGAUGGGCUCAUCUGCCGGAGACAUCAUCUGGUACGAACCCAUGUCACAGAAGUAUGCUCGCAUCAACAAGAAUGGAGUAAUCAACAACUCUCCUGUGACACAUAUCAAAUGGCUGCCCGGGUCUGAGAACCUCUUCCUUGCGUCUCAUGCCAAUGGCGUCUUGGUGGUCUAUGAUAAGGAGAAGGAGGAUGCCUUGUUUACUCCCGAAGCCGCUGCACACCCCGAGAAGGACACCAGCAAGUUACCCCUGGAAACCCUGAAGUCGGUGAAUUCGAAAAAUCAAAAGUCCAAUCCCAUUGCUCUGUGGAAGCUCGCGAACCAGAAGAUUUCACAGUUUUCCUUCUCUCCGGAUCAAAGGCAUUUGGCUGUCGUCCUGGAGGAUGGAUCUCUCCGUCUGAUGGACUAUUUGAAAGAAGAGGUACUGGACAUCUUCCGCAGUUACUACGGAGGCCUGAUCUGUGUUUGCUGGUCCCCAGAUGGCAAAUACAUUGUUACCGGUGGCCAGGACGAUCUUCUUACAAUCUGGUCUUUCCCAGAGCGCAAGAUCGUCGCAAGGUGCCAGGGCCACAACUCCUGGGUUUCAGCAGUAGCCUUCGAUCCGUGGCGCUGCGACCAGAAGACCUACCGAUUUGGCAGUGUCGGGGACGAUUGCCGGCUGCUGCUGUGGGACUUCAGCGUUGGUAUGCUCCAUCGACCUCGCGCGCAUCACCAAAAUACAGCUCGACACCGUAGCAGCAUCGUCGUGCCCGGUUCACAGUCCGCGCUUCGCAACCGGGCCGACAGCGGUGGCCUCAGGCUGAGAUCAGACUCGGACCGAACUGAGAAGUUUGACGGGGCUCUCGAUGCCGUGGAAAAUCACCCAGUUGAGCCGCGGUCGCGGACUGCGUUGCUGCCGCCUAUCAUGUCCAAAGUUGUCGGCGAAGACCCUAUCUGCUGGCUUGGGUUCCAGAAUGAUUGUAUCAUGACAUCCUCGCUGGAAGGGCACAUUCGUACUUGGGACCGACCCAGCGACAGCGUUGUCCAUCAUGACCACCGCCUUUGA